GUUGGAAAUGUUACGAAGUUUCAAUCCGAUUUUACCCAACAAAAGAAAAGGUUUCAAUCUGAUCCUAUUAUCGACAUUCAAGUUUCAACGCCAGCAGUAGCGACUAGCGAGCGUCUUCACCCUGUCGCUUGUGUCUCUCUCCGUCUAUCUCCGACCCAGACGAGAUGAUUCUCCAGAGCCAAGCUGGAGUGAGCUCUCACUCUCCGAUGUUCUCGCUCGUUUCCCAGCGGCCCACUACCCGUUCCCAAUUCCUCUUCCCCAACCAGCGCCACCCACUUCGCCACCGCUCCUUUAAUUGCUCCAUUUCCGCUAAAGCCGCCGUCUCUUCAGAGCCUGCCACCGUCGUCCUGGGUCCUCCGCAGCACAAGCCCUUCCCCGCCGAGGUCUCCAGAACCAUCGUGGAGUUGUCCUCCGUCGCCACACUCUCGACCCUCACCCAACAAGGUUGCCCUCUGAGCUUCAGCGUUCGUUUCGCUGUGGAUGAUGAAGAUGGGACUCCGGUUAUCUGCCUGGCCGAUUCCCACAGAAUCGUCUCUCAUGACAAGAGGUCUAGCCUCAACAUUCGGCUGGAGCAGAGCGGAAUGCGGACUUCUCAGUGCACAAUUCAGGGUAGUCUAGAGAAGCCCGAGGAUGCAAAGCGGUUAAAGAGGCUCCUAUCCACAUGGAAGAAAAGAUUUGGAGAAGAAGUUAAGGAAGACAGUGUAUACAUUGUUGAUGUUGAAAGAGUACUUCAGAUGGAAGACUUCAUGGAGGAUGGCCUAUGGGUCUCCUCAUCAGACUACAAAAAUGCCCUUCCUGAUCCUCUCCGGAACUCGGCCGAAGAAUUCGUGAAAGAGAUAAAUGCCAAAAACAUGGAAGAUGUCUACAGAUUUUGCAAUGUAUAUGUUGAUCAUGAUUUCCAGGUGUCUGAAGCGAAGAUGAUAUGGGUUGAUAGGCUGGGUUUUGAUGUGCAACUGACCUCUACCGAGAAGGAUGCUUUUAAUGUCCGAAUCCCUUUCCCAAGAGAAGUGACAGAUGAGAAAGGAGCAAAGUCAUCCUUCAAUGGCAUGUCCCAACUGGCUUGGGAAGUGGAGAAAAAUUAUCAAGCUCCAGCUUUUGACAAGGUGAAGCAUUUGAAGCAGAUUACUUCGAGAAGAUCGUAAGAAAUUAAUUUACCGUGGUCCUUUUAGCAUUCCAUGUAGAGAUGAGGCAUAUGUAAAACUGCUUUUUUUACUGAGCUAUCUACCAGAUUUCAUUGUUUGGUGCUUCGCUGCGGGCUUCUUUGUUCAGAAUCUUGUAUUGUCAAUAUGAAAAAUGAGGUUGUAUAACUUUUGUUCCUUCCCUAAGGUACCGUUAGAUGUAUGUACUGGACUCCUUAACUUACGCAUUACAGAACUUCAGCAUUCUUCAACUUCCAAGAUUGACUGGUAUUUUUCUUUUUCAGAGUAUGUGGCUUAACGUUACAUAAAAUGCAGUUAUAUGCAUUUUGGUUGUUGGAUAUACAAAUGAAAUUGUCAGAGAAUGUUAAAUCGAAUGUGUCAGGUAGCCAUCAACGUCAGUCUGAAAUUAUCUGUCAUCACAUCUUUGAUCUUGCCAAUCCAAUAUGUGUGUGCUGUGUCUAUACCUUCUUCUGGAACAAAGAGCUCAGAAUCGUUUCCAGACCCUGUGCUGUGUAUCUCACAUGCUUUUUGGAGCUAGAAUUUUCCUCCACCAGAAGUUUAUAGCUCUAUAAAUAGCUUCUGUAGACAGGUACCAGAGAUUGAAUCAAGAGGUUGCAGAUUCUCAGCUUCAAGUUUUGAUCAGCGACAACCCAAGCAGACUGCUUCUGGUACAGAGGAAGAAUAAACUUGGCCGCCGUCUGGGCGAAGAGUGGCAACCACCUUCCCCCAGCUUUCUCUCAAGUAAAGAGACAUGAAAUGUUCCUUGUACUGUUCAUGAGCCGUGAACCGGGAAUCUCCCAUCAAAUCUCCAAACUUUGUGCCUCUGAGAUUGCUAAGGCUUCCCGAAGGAUACUCAAAGACUUCCCGACAUUCGAAAGUAAGCCAUUGAAUUGCUAGCCCGCAGUUGUUGGCUAGAAAAUCCAGCGCUUCCUCCAGCUGCUUCGGUUAGGAAAGAUAAGCAUAAAGAUCAGAACUUGGAUCUGCUGAGACCAAAGACUUCUGUAGCUCCUGAUUUGAACCAUGAACUUUUCAGCACAGCUUCUGCAGGAUCGACAUGGUCUGCACAAUCGCCUCAAAUGUGCAUUUCUGAGCUGGGGAAGGCCUCACUGCAGCGUCCAAAGGAGGUAAGCUCUGUCCAAUGGAUCCACUUUUUUCCAGUUUUAUGCAAUGCUGCAGCUAGAGCUUUUGAUUUCUCUAAGCUUGGCUUCGAUGCACUCCUGGCAGAAAGGACAGUAUUCCUAAAGCUGUCUAUUUCGGCCAUUGCCAUAACUAGGAAGGAUUUUCUUUUGGUUUUUUGUUUUUGUUUAUUUGUUGUUAAGAAAGAGGCAUAUAAGUAGAUAUUGCCACAUUCC